GCUGCUGCUGGUGGCGCGUCAGGCAGAGCGAAGGGUCUUUCUUUCCCAUCCAUCUCGAUCUCAUCUCGGGAGGGCCGCAGGUUCGAGUCCCGUCUCUGUCUCUUCCCCCUUCCCUCCGCGUGCAUGGCUUCGCGGCUGGGCUCUUGCGGCGGCUGGGAGCAGCGGCGGGUGGAGAUGCCCGGCGAAGAAGGGCUCCAACGCGGCGGAGGAGCCGGCGAGAAAGCUCCGGGCAGCGGGGGCAGCGAGAGCCGGAUCCGGCGCCCCAUGAACGCCUUCAUGGUCUGGGCCAAGGACGAGAGGAAGCGCCUGGCCGCCCAGAACCCGGACUUGCACAACGCCGAGCUGAGCAAGAUGCUGGGCAAAUCCUGGAAGUCCUUAACCCCAUCCCAGAAGAGGCCCUACGUUGAAGAGGCGGAGCGGCUGCGAGUCCAGCACAUGCACGACUACCCGACCUACAAAUACCGCCCGAGAAGGAAGAAGCAAGUCAAGCGGAUCUGUAAGCGGGUGGAUCCUGGAUUCCUGCUGGGCAACCUCUCCAGGGAUCAAGACCCUUUGCUAGAGAAGAGGCCAUGUGGCCGGGCAGCGGGCGAGAAAGACCGGCAGAUCGAAUAUUCUCCCACUUCGGUGUUGCCGAGCCUUGGGAGGUACCGGGAGGCACCGGGCGGAAGUGGCAACCUCGGUGCCCACAUGGACAGCUACCCGUAUGGCCUUCCCACACCGCCAGAGAUGUCUCCGUUGGAUGCGAUUGACCCGGAGCAAAGCUUCUUCUCCGCCCCUUGCUCCGAAGACCCUCACCGGCCCCACAUGCCCGGAGCCCCUUACUCUCUGGAAUACAACGCCAGCCCUCUCCAGUGUAACCAGCCGUUAACCCACAUGCCUUCGUCCUCUAUCCAUUCAGCUCCGUCCAGCUGCUCAGGAAAUUCAGGAAAUUACUACUCGCCCGUUUUCCAUCCCGCUCUCCAGGUCCACCUGGGUCAGCUUUCUCCUCCUCCGGAGCACCAGAACUUCGACACCCUGGACCCCUUGAGCCAAGACGACUUGCUGGAGGAAAUGGAUCGCGACGAGUUCGACCAGUAUCUCAACGCACCCGGAGGACACCCGGAGCCUAGCGGGCUGCUCAUCAGUGGACACGUCCAGGUCUCCCAGGUGGCCGGAGGGGCACUAGUUGCCUCCGUCUCCUCAGCCCCAUCUGCCUCCUCCGAGGCCAGCCUCAUUUCGGUCCUUGCAGAUGCAACGGCGACCUACUACAACAACUAUGGCAUUUCUUAGGCUGGAGAGAGGCCAAGCCAGCCCUAUGGACCAAUCACGGAAAGACUGGGCUAUGCUAUGUGACCAAACAGAUAAAUUGUGGACAUCUCCAAUAUCUCUUGCCUCCUCUCCUCAGGGUUGCCUCAUCCGGAAGGGACAUUGCUUUGGAGUGGACCUUUGGCUAAGUCGUCAUUAUAAUUUGUCCAUGUCAUUGCUAUAUUUUGUCAAAUCCCUCCCACCCCACUCUUGUUAGAUAUCUUGACUUCAGAAUGAUGGUUCUCUCCUACCAGCAAGUACAAUGCAAGGGUCGGCUCUUGGCUUUUGUGGAUGGGAUGGAAGAGAAAACUCCGGUCCAGUCGGAGAAGUAUACGUUUUGCCACAAUCUAUAUAUAUAAAAGGGUAAUGAAAUUUCGGCCUAGGACAAGACAAAACGACACAUCCCAGAAACACUAAACUUGGCAGCACAACCCCUCAUCCAUGCCUCUACUUUCAUACAACAAAAAGCUCCAGCUACUCCAGAAAACGGCCAGGCUUUGAGACUGCAAGGCUAUUCACUGCUAUUCCACCUGGCGAACAAAGGAUUCCCAUAAGCCACAGCAACGCGUGGCCGGGCAAAGCUAGUAGGGCUAUAAAACACCAUAGUUAGCAACUGAUCUUGUACAUUGAAAUACGUAUAUUCAGAUGGGAAGGUAGUCUUAUUUCCACAGAGUUUUGGUCCUGAGAUUAGUUAAAAAAAAUGAAUAGUAAAACAUGUGGCAGUCUUGAGUGCCGGGAGCACACUUUUCCAAUUCUGUUGCCUCCAGGAAGAUGCUGACUGCUCAUGUCAACCUUUUUGGGGAAGCUACUUUGAAUCCAUAAUUGACUGAAUCUGCAAAUCCUGAUAUACGAGCCCAUUGUAGUUACCUAACAGUGAACUUGGAUUGGAUGAAACCUAAAUGGCAGCCCUCUAGCCUGAAUCCUUUUGGUUAUCCCCAGCUAGAGAAAUACCAAUGAAUUAAAUUAUAGUGACUACACACAUAUUUAAGUCCCAUUAAUUGAGUGGGUCUGCUCUAGUCAGGACAAAUGACAGAAUCGAGGUCUCAAUAUUUUUGGGAGGAGGUGAGUCUGCACUUGAAUGCAGUUGGUGCAAUUUAAUACUGUAUGGAAUCCUGGGAUGUCUAGUUUGGUGAGAGGCUUGGGAUGGUCUUCUAGAAAGACUCAAUGCAGUGGUUCCCAACUCCUCCAGAUGUUUUAGACUUAAACUUUCGGCCAGGGAUUCAAGGAGUUGAACUUCCAAACAUCUGUCAGUCUGGCCCCUUUCUUCAGAGGAUUCAAAGCACUUUACUAAACUACAAAUCCCAUGGAUUCCAUAGGGUAAAACAAUGACACUUAAAGUGCUAUGGAUCUAACAUAACUAUCUCAGACCUUUACCUGGCCAGAUCCUAAUAUUUCCAAGUGAAUAAUGAACCCGCUCUGGAUUUUAAUCUGCACUUUCGAGGGAGUUGUUCAAAGUUUUCAUUUCAACUUGCGUAAAGUUUAGACUAAAACCCAGAGCAGAGCACUUUUGCUAUCGUAGCAGCUUCCAAUGCUCUGAAAAGGCAGUCUUGGGUCUCCCUUGAGUCUGAAUUGUCUCUUUUAGAUAGAGUUGAACGAAAAAUUCACUUAGCUCACGUUUUCUCCAAAUUAGCCGAUAUCACCUUGAAAUUAUAUUGAAAUUAUGGAUGUUGGAGAAUAUUUUUGUUUUACAGCUUGUCCCUUCCAGACCCCAGACAUUGACUCCUUCAGUCUGAAAAGGAUGGCUUUGAAUCCCUGAAAAUUUAAGCCACUUUUGGGGUGUCGGAUGCACGUUGCCACCUUUUAUUGUCUCUUCGUCUACAUUAUAUAAUUCUCUCUGUAUCGUGCACUUGACCAGCUCGGGUGGUUGAGAAUUUCAUCUUCUUUAGUUUUGAGCACAAUUUUCCUGGAGUUUUGCCAUUUGGUGAGCGUUCAUGAUCCAAAAAUGCAUUGAAUGUGGAAACUCGCGAGAUUUCUCUGGGAUUUUAUGGUAUUAUUUCAGAGUCCCUUGUUCCGAUCGAUGUGUUAUUUUGCCAAAAAUCCUAAAUCAAAACGCAGCAGACUAAUCACGAUUGCUUCUGUAUGAUGCAUUUCUAGAUCUCAAUCAUUUUACAUGGAGUCAGUUUUAUUUUAGGAGAAUGUCUUAAAACAAACUCUAGAAGAUUUGGGAACUCGUGACUCUAAAUAAUGAUGAUUGUGAAUUUUUCCUAAACUGUGUUGUCGACGGCUUUCAUGGCCGGGAUCACAGGGCUGUUGUAUGUUUUCCGGGCUGUAUGGCCAUGUUCCAGCAGCAUUCUCUCCUAACGUUUUGCCCACAUCUAUGGCAGGCAUCCUCAGAGGUUGUGAGGUCACCUAUUGGAUUCAUCAGUCCUGUCAAGGCUGGAAGAAUAUAUAUAUAAUUGCAAAAAAAGAAAAUUCCAGAAUUAUUGGCUGUUAAGUGUGUAUGUGUUUUUAAGGACACUAUACGGAGUUGGGAAAUAAUUUGUUAAGCUCCAAAGAUUAAUGGCACCUUCUGUAUAACUCCAGAUCGGUAAUUUAGUUUUUGCAUUAGUUGUUACAAGAAGAAUCACACUGCCAUCUUGUACAUUUCUAUGAAGCACCUUCAUGGUUCAUUUUAAAUUCUUCUAACUACAUGAUUUGUUCGUUCUUUUGUUUAUUCCUAACUUUUAAAAAGUUAUUUGGUGACAGUUGUGCCUGAACCAAUUUUUUAAAAUAUCUAUCCUGGCUGAUUAUUUCUUUUCCCUAUUAUUAUAGUAAACCCUCCACAUUUGCUGGCAUUAGGAGCGCAGGCCUCUGCCGAAAGUGGGAAAAAACGCCAAAAAUAUUAUUUCUAAGUAUGAAAGAACACCUUUAGGUCCUCCACCAUGACUCUUAUGGCCAUUGCACAUUGACCAUAAAAUGGCUCUGGAGGGCCUACAGUGUUGUUACAUCUUCUAAUAUUACUUUAUGGUCAGUUCUGCUGGAAAUUUUUGUAAAAUUGACAUCUCCAUAAUCUUUUGGAGAUUUUAUGAUCUUUGGAAAGGCAUGACCUUGUUAGAAGUCAUAACAUUUUGAAAAAUUAUGCCAUAAUCUUUUGGGAACAUGGCAUUCAUGCAAGGCAAUUAGGUUUCUCAGUUGUUAAACUGAUGUGCCUAAAUAUGUCUUGGAACUAUUCAGGACAAAGAUAUGCCAAUGCACAAUAUCAAUUUCAGAAGUGUUUAUUUCAGUUACCCCCAAAAAAUUUAGUCUCCCCCUAAAACAUAUUUGCCUUUAAAACAUGUUCUCAAGAGACAAAAAUAAGUAACAUAGUUGGUUUACUCACAAACUUCAUGUGUUCAGCAUACAGGUGCUUUGCAUAUCAAUCUAGUUACAAAUAAG